AUGGAUGACGUAUAUUUAAAAAAUUUAAUUUAUAAUUUAGUAUUUAAUCAAAAUUUUCUUAGUUAUUGUGAAUUAAAAUCAUAUCUCCAAAAACAUAAUAACAAUAUAACGGGUGAUGAUAUGGAAUAUUAUUAUCAGUAUUAUAAAAAUGAAAUUUUGAAAUUUCAUGAUGAAAUAAUUUCUAAAAUUAAAGACAAAAUUAAAAAUAAUGAAUAUACAAAGGGAAAAACUAAAUCACAACUUAAACGGCUGAAAGAUUUCAAAAAUAAAGUAUUAACAGAAGAAGAUAUUGAUGAAUUAUAUAAAUUAUAUAAUCCUGAGCCACAAAAACCAAAGGAACAAAAACAAAAGGUGCAAAACGCCCAGGUCCUUCAGACCAUAAAUGAAGCACAAGCUUUAAUUUAUGAUUCAUUAGUUAAACCAUAUUCAGCCCGACUUUUAAAUGAAGAUCAACUUUUGGAAUUCAUCCUUCAACAUAAACUCGAAGCGGGAAAGUAUAUCAAACCUUUAUAUACAGCAUAUUUAAAACAAAUGAAUAGAAUAUAUCCAGAAUUAAUGACGGGAGGAAUGAAUUCCAAAACUUCAUCAUCCAAAAUCAAAGCAGAUAAAAUUAAACCACUUGCAACACCAAAACCUCCAACGGUAGUACCUCCUCCUUCAGUUAAUCCUUCAUCAUCCAAAAUCAAAGCAGAUAAAAUUAAACCACUUGCAACACCAAAACCUCCAACGGUAGUACCUCCUCCUUCAGUUAAUCCUUCAUCAUUCACUUUAUUAUAUCCAUUUCAAACAUUAAAGAAGCAAAAAGAUUUUAAAAAGGAUUUCAAGAUAUUAAAUAAACCAACUGACCCAAAAAUUCAACCGUUAAAGGAAAAAUUUAGUCGCCCUUCAUUUGCUCCAUAUCCAUAUUCAUACGAAAUCGAUCAUUUAGAAUAUUCAAAAGGAAACGUUACUUAUUUAUUUGCCAUUAACAUUAACACUAGAUAUUUAUAUUGCAUUCCAGUGAAAGGGAAAACAGAACAGGAAACAAGAAGAGCUAUUCAAUACUUACUAGAUCAUGAAAGAGUAGAUAAUAUAAGGAGUGAUGGUGAUAAAGGAUUUCAGGCAACUAUGGCUCAUUAUUUCCCACAAAUUAAUUUUUACUUCUCAUCUUCUCCAUAUACGUUUCAUAAUAAAAUAGUUGAUGCGGUAAUGAGAACUCUUAGAGAUGCGUUAGGGGUUAACGGUCAGAUAUACUGGGAUGGAAAUCAUGACUCCAUCAUACAACAGUUAGUAUAUUAUUACAAUAAUACAUGGCAUAGAACUAUAAACAUGAAACCAGUGGAAAUGAAAAAUGAUAUUUCAAAAGAAUGGGGAUAUAUUAGAAAGCAAAUGGAAAGGUUAAAUGAUGUUAAACGUGAACAAAUUAAUUCGGGGCUCAUGAAUUUUAAACAAGGGGAUAAAGUUUUGAUUCAUCUCGAUUAUGGAAAAACUGAUAAAUCAAUGACAAAAAGAAGACGAAGAUUUGACACAAUAGCUGAAUUUGUUAGAUAUAUUAACGGCAAUGCAUUAGUUGAGGUUAACAAUAAAUUAAUAGAAAUUCCGAUUUAUUUUAUUACUCCAUUAUAUUUAAAUAAUAUUUAA